AGAAGCAUUCUUGUAAUUGUUCUUUUAUAUAGAAAUUGUUACGUAAACCUUGUUUUCUAUCUUCUUUGGGGGUUUUCUAGGCUUUUGCAUUGGCGGCAACCAAAUCAAGGAUCAACACUAAGUAGUCAAAUUCUAAACAAAGUUACACAAAGCAUAGAGAGCCUCAAUGGGGUCAAAGAAGGAAAAUGGAAAGCCACUCUCAACUAUUACAAACCCAUGUUGCGAGACCAGGCAAAUCAAGCGGAGUUCCCGCGUGAAUUUCUAGGGGUUUCGCUUCCAAAGGAGUCAAGUAAGUACUACUUCGUCGUCAGAUCGCAGAGGAUCGUCGUAGAUGCAGAUUCGUCGAUUCAAAUGAUCAUGGAGAACCUUGAGUCUUACAAAUGCAAGCUCUCGUUUUACUUUGAAGGGUUUCAGUAUCAACUUGGUGAUUUUCAAGUGAGAGUUGGUAAAAAAAAAAAAAAACGCGUUUCUCUCUCCUCAACAGGGCGAUAAGGUGGUUUCGUUCUCAGCUCAUCUUCGGCGUCUUCAACGGCGCCGGCUCCUCCUUUCUUCCGAUCUCUCAGGCCCUCCCCUCCUCAUGGGGAAGCAAAAUCGUCUCAAAAAGGUUCUCCUGGAGGAAAGUCACCGGCGACCAAAGACUCUUCCUCCCCUUC